ACUCAGGGAAUACUGUUGGCAGAGCAGCCAGGGAAGGGGAGGAGAACAGACUGGCUGGUAAAGAAAGCAGAAUCUUACUUUGGGGACAGCUACUGCAGUUUACAGGCCGUCCAAGAUGUUUCCAGUUUCCAGCUGUCACUGCAGAUCAAGACAAGCCGGCGAAGUGGGCUGCUGUUACUGGCUGCAGGAAUGGAGGAUUACCUUUUCCUCGAGCUCCUGAACGGGAAAGUACAGGCAAGGAUGAACAUGGGUGCUGGCGAGGUGACCUUGACCUCAUCCCAAGGAGUACAACUCAACAACCUCAUGGACCACAAAGUUUCACUCACGCUGCAAGACGGCAAGCUCACCAUGACAAUUGAUGAGCUCUUCCCAACGUAUGUGCCGGUGGACGACUCCCAGGAACAGCUCAACAUUGACCUGGGCAUUUGGCUGGGAGGAAUAGGAGAACUGGAAGCUUCCUACCUCAGCAAUGCCGUUACCCCUUUUCGUGGCUGCAUGACCCAGGUCAAAUUUGAAUCCCAUCAGUUUGACAUCCUCGGCACUGUGUUUAAGCAAUGUCAUGACACCAAGGAGGCCUGCAGCAGUGAGUUUGAGGCUGGUGAUGGGGAGGCAAUCAGUUUCAGCACACCUGAUUCCUUUGUUUCCUUCCCUACAUGGAGCGGGGCCAGCGGUGCUCCAAGAGCCUUAGAGAUCCUAAUGAAAACCACCAUUGAGGAUGCAUUACUGAUUUUCAGCCCUGGACGAGAUUCAGACUUUAUUGCUAUUGGUGUUGUGAAAGGCUUUCUCAAAGGUAUACUGGACCUUGGCAAUGGCAUAGAGGUGCUGGAGAACACCAAUGUGCAGCUGGAUGAUGACCAGUGGCACAGAGUGAAGGUGGAGAUCAGUCAGGAUUCUUUCACCAUUAAUGUAGACAGCCAGUCUGCUUCUCUACCUAUUGACUCAAAAGAAAAGUUGGAUUUGGUUGGAAACUUGUACUUGGGAGGCAUCCAUGGGAAAAUGAAGGAUGUUUUUCGCGAGAGUGGGUACUUGAGUCAGAUAGAGGAGGAAAUGUCAGCUGAAUCCUUCAUUGGUUGCUUAGGGGAAAUCAAAGUCAACCAAAAGUACAGAAGCCUGCAGGAUGCCUUGGUUACCAAAGACAUUCAUGUUAAAUGUGAAGGAGAGGACUAUGACUACUCAAGUUACUAUGACGCUGACGCAACUACAACUUCUCCUCCUGUUCGCAUUCGAUAUGUUAAUAUGAACUUAGAUGACCAGCAUUGCUUCCCAACAGAUGACACGCCAGAGAUUUUUAAAAGUGUAAGAAGACUUCUUGAUGUCACCCCAUUGUUCGUGUCUGAAAGUGGCGAAGCUGUUCUUGAUAUCCUCAACCUAAAACCUACUUUUGACCUCAGUGCAGCAGGAAUGCGGCAGUCUGAUAUAAUCUUUACUAUCCAGAAUGAUCCCUGGUAUGGCCUUGUUGAUGUCAACACUAGCACAAGACGCACAAACAAGUUCACUCUUCUGGAUAUCGUCAACAAGAAAAUCAAGUACAUGCAUGAUGGAAAUGAAAGGCAUGCUGAUCAAAUCCAACUACAAGUGGUCGCUAUGAGUAAUGGCUUCCUCCCAGAGUGUUUGAGUACUCCUCGUGACUAUGUCCUACCUGUUGAAAUUCUUCCUGUCAAUGAUAUACCACAGCUUGGUGGAGGUGAAAUCACAAUCACAGAAAAUGGCAGGACUCGUCUGAGUCCCGCACUCAUCAAAAUCACAGAUUCAGACUCCCGCUGUGAUGAGUUAGUAAUAACUGAAACCUCAGAACUGAAUGCAGAAGUUGGAUACUUGGAGAAUGGUCAGCAGCCGGGGAGAAGCAUCUCAGAGUUCUCUUGCAGGGACUUGAAAGAUGGCAACAUCUAUUUUGUACACAGAGGUGGUGGCCCUGCUGAAAUGACCUUAGAGGUAUCUGAUGGACAGUCAGUGAGCCAUUCAACUUCUUUUAAGUUAGCAGUGACACAGCCACACAUGACUGUUGUCACAAACACAGGACUUCUCCUAUCUCAAGGAACCAAUAUGUCCAUUGGUGUUCAACAUCUGGCUGUCAUUGGUCACCCUCGCAACGGAGAUAUCAUGUACAACGUCACACAACCUCUGAUGUAUGGGGAGCUACAAAAAAUGACAAGCGAGGGAAUGUACAAGCAAGUUACAACUUUCCAUCAAUCUGAUCUGGAUCAAGUCGCCCUAAGAUAUGUCAGCACAGACUCCAGCGACCAGGAGGAUAUUGUGGUCGAGCGCAUUGAGUUCGACAUCCACUUGGGGCAGUUCUACCUCAGGAAAAACACUUUCUUAGUCAAGAUCAUGCCUGCACAAGUAAAAGUUUCUAACAUGGUAGCACUGGAGAUGCAGGCUGGUGAAGAGCAAACGAUUGGACUCUCAGAGCUUCAGGCAGAGGUGAAAGGGGAAAACGCAGCUCCAGAAGCUGUAAAAUACGUCCUUGUCAAGCCUCCAACUCUUGGUAGUCUACAGUUGUCAGACAGAGAACUAAAUGAGGGUGACACCUUCACACAGAAAGACAUUUCGGACAGUGCUGUUAGCUACAAAGUGCGUGUUCAAAGAGCUGUGGACAGUACAGACCAGUUCCAGUUCAGAGUCCUUGUCAAUGAUCAGUAUUCCCCUCUGUACACCUUCCCGAUCAACAUCCUCGGCAAUGCAGAUGCUCCUACUUUGACCAAUGAGAGAAUGAUUGUCUUGCAAGGUGGUGAACAGACUCUGAACAAAUACUAUCUUUGGAUGCAAUCUCCAGGCUCUACAGAUUUUGUGUACACGGUCACAAAAGGGCCAAAUAACGGGCGACUGAUGAGGGACACUCCACCGGGGCAGCCGAGAUUUGAGGGGGCAAUAAGAGUGUUCAGCAAUGAAGACCUCAAGCUUGACAGGCUUAUCUACAAGCAUGACGGCUCCAAGACUAGCGCGGAUGAGUUCUAUUUUUCAGUGGUAGAUAACGGUGCAGAAGGUUCAGACGAUCAAGCAUCAGCGACCGAUGUCUUCAAAAUAUCUAUUCAAUCCAAGAAUGAGCAUGCACCAGUGAGGGUUGUGGAUAAAGUCUUCAAUGUAGCCCGUCAUGGCCAGCGUCUGCUGACAACUGAUGUUAUUCAAUUCAAAGAUGACGACUCAGGAUUCAAUGACACCCAGAUUGUCUACGCUCGUGAAGGCAUUCUCUCCGGCAACAUAGUUGCCAAGUCGAAUCCUUCACAGCCACUGUUCCGUUUUACCCAAGCUGACCUGCGAGAUAGGAAUGUCCUCUUUGUCCACCAUGGAGCAGACCGGGAAACCUUCUCACUGCAGGUGUCGGAUGGCUUCCACAAGAGCACCGCACUGCUUCAAAUACAGGCAGGUGAGCCCUACCUGCAAGUUGUGAACAACACAAUCAUUGUCAUCGACCACGGAAGCACCAAGACCCUUAAUACCACGCUGUUGAGCGCUGACACCAACAUGGACAUCAGGGACGACAGUGAAAUCAAAUUCCAGGUCACAUCCCCACCCAGUGACGGCAGGAUUAUUGUGAGUGGGAUCGAGGCGUCAGUGUUCACUCAGGAGGACCUGAAAAAAGGAGUUGUGUCAUAUGAGCAUAACUAUGAGAGUCUGAGGUCCAAAGACUCUUUCAGCUUCACUGUCACUGCUCGAGGACACUCUGAAGAGGGCACGUUCAGGAUUAAGAUAUUCAAGCAAGGUUACCUUUCUGAGCCUGAGGUGAUAACUAAUGAGAUCAUCAUUUCCUAUGAGGGAGAGCACACCAUAAUCAACCAGGAUUAUCUCAAGGUGGUUCAAGCUGAUAUUCUGCCUACAGAAAUGGUUUUCACCAUCAAAGCCCCCCCUAAUCUGGGCCAUGUGGUCAAACUGAUUAACAGCUCAGACAGCCCAGUCUCACCUGUCCUCAACUACAUUCACUCCUUCUCCCAAGAGGACAUUGAUCAGGAGCGCAUUUUCUAUGUGUCUGCAUCCAUCCAGGGCAAUGACGCAUUCACUGUUGAUGUCAGUAAUGGUUUUACCACAGUAGAAGACCUGCAAGUCUCUGUGAACAUCAUGCCCCGGCUCAUCCCCAUCCAGAUCUUCAACUUUACAGUGAAGGAGGGCCACAGCAGAUUGAUAAACGAAGACAUUGUUAACAUCACACAUCCUUUCUACAGCUCAGCUAAUGUUGACUUUGUUGUGGAGGAGCCUCCCCAGCAUGGAGACAUCCGCUACGAGCAGGGAGAACUGGCCUACUUUACAUGGGAUGAGAUGAAAAAUGGACGCAUCUUCUACAUGCAUGACAGCACCGAGACCACCGAAGACAGCUUUACACUCUCUGCCUCCAUUUAUGAGAUUGAGCGGCGGAGCCUUCCUGUCACCAUCUCAGUGACUGUCAUACCAGUCAACGAUGAGCCGCCCAAACUGACACGCAACACGGGACUGGAGGUUCUGGCCGGAGAGGAAGCUGAUAUCACCUCCAGCAUGCUGAACACAGACGACGCUGAUACCUCUGCAGAGGAGCUGGUGUACCACGUCGAGUCGCCGAUCAAUGGGAUGGUGGCGCUGAAAGAGGCGCCGGAGGACAGCAUCGACAAUUUCACACAGGCCCAUGUAAACAAAGGGGAGGUCAUCUUCAUUCACAAGGGUGAGGAGUCCGGAGGAUUCAGCUUCACAGUGACAGACGGCGAGCACACGUCUCCUCUCUACAGAUUUGCUGUCACAGCCAGGCCUCUCACCAUCACCAUGGUUACGCAGGAAGAGCUCAUGGUAUUUCCAGGAAGCAGGCAGCGCAUCACAAGUGCAAAUCUGGGGGCUGUAACCAAUGAGGAUGGAAAUGAGAUAAUCUACUCACUCAAACGCCCACCUCGUUUGGGGAGACUCAUCUUGGCCAACGACAGGAACCAGUAUGAGGAAAUAAACAGCUUCACUCAAACACAGCUGGAGUCAGGAGCAGUUUACUACGAGCAUCAGAUCCCAGAGGAGCCAUUUUGGGUUGUAAGGGACUCCAUAGAGCUCACCCUGAAAUCCCAGCCAGCCCCUGAUGUGCGUCACAUCCUGCCCAUCACUGUCUCAUACUACGCUGCUCACAGCAACAUCUCCUCCCAGCUGUGGAAGAACAAAGGACUCGAUAUUGUGCAAGGUCAGAGGAAAGUAAUUGACGAUUCAAUUAUUGAUGCCUCCAACCUUUUGGCCAGCCUACCUGAAGAUCAGCGAGACAAUGCUGAUGUUGUAUUUGAGAUCAAGCGUUUCCCUGAUCAUGGUCGUAUCACCCUGGAUGGUCAGGAUCUGCCCCGUAAUGCCCCAACCUUCAUGCAGGAAGAUGUUAUUCAAGGAAAAGUAGAGUUUCUCCAUGAUGACUCAGGGGCCUCAUUUGACAGCUUUGCUUUCAGGGCCCGUCUGAAGUCCGAAGGUGGUGCCGUGGCCUCCCCUGCUGAAUCUGUUGUACUUGAAGAGAUUUUUAACAUAUCCGUCAAACGUCGGGGAUCCGAUCCUCCUGAACUCGUCAAUAUUGACAUGCUCUUGGAGGUUCUUCAGGGCUCAAUGACCAUCCUGACCAAGAAGCACCUUAACACUCAAGACGAGGACAGUUCGCCAGAUGAGGUGCUCUUCAAAGUGACCAAAGCUCCGAGCAACGGCCAACUGGUUGACUCUACCACAAUGAAACCCAUCUCUGAGUUCACACAGGAGAUGGUCAAUCAGGGGCAGGUGGGCUUCUACAGUGAUGGUACCCUGGCCGAUGGAUCUGUAGAGUUCAUCGUGUCGGAUGGAGAGCAUCAAACAAAGCCCCAUAUGCUUCACAUCGGUGUCCUCGCUCGCACACUGUUUUUAGACAAAGCCCCUGAGAUCAAGGUGAAGCAAGGCGAUGAUGAGACCCUGGUGACUGAGGAGAUGUUAAAAGCCACAACUGGGGGUCCUAUUGAGGAGGACAUCCUUUACAAGAUUACAAGUGUUCCAAAGUACGCAGCUGUCAUGGUAGACCGGCAGCCUACAUCCGCCUUCACCCAGAAACAAAUCAAAGAAGGCAGAGUCAGUGUUCGCUUUGUCAAGUCCACAUCACCUCGAGACAGUGUUGCAUUUGUAGCUCGCAGCCGGGCAGCUAAUGUCUCCUCUGUACUUAACAUCACAGUCCAGCCUCUAGCCAAUAUUGCUCAGGAUCCUCUCCUACCACAGGGUGCUCUUGUCCAACUGGAUAGGAAGCUUCUGGAUGCAACUCCCCUGGCAAACAAGACCACGACUUCCCCCACAUUCACCGUCAUCCAACAGCCCAGAGGAGCUCGUUUUGUGAGGUCUGGAGGUCCUGAUGCAGGUCAGCCAGUGGGCACAUUUAGCCAGAAGGACCUGGAUGAGGGCCAUGUAGCUAUGGAAAUCCAAGAUAGUUCUCCUGGAUCACGAGGGGGUGUCUCUCAGGAUGAGGCUCGCUUCCUGCUUAAAGCUCAUGGGGUUCCUCCUGCAGAGUGUGUGCUUUCUUUCCAGACUGGCCCCUAUAAUGCCUCUGGGAUUUACCCCGCCACCCUGUUGAGGAUUCCCACAGAACUCCCAUCAAAGGACAAUAAAGGUGUCCCUGAUGUGGAACGGUACUCGCCCACUGCUCCAGCCACGACUAUAUCUUCAGGAUCUGGUACCCAUGGGAGACCACAUGUUUCCAGACCAAGCAACUUUUGGUCCAUUCUCAUCCCAAUCCUGGUAAUCCUCCUCCUCCUGCUGCUGGCAGCCGUCUUGGCCUACUACCUGAUCCGCAAAAACAAAACUGGAAAGCAUGAUGUCCAGGCAGCAGUAUCCAAGCCCAAAAACGGUGAGGUAGCCGGCACAGAAACUUUUCGCAAAACUGACCCAGCCAAUAACAUCCCAAUGUCCAACAUGGACUCCAAAGACACUGACCCAGAGUUGUUGCAGCACUGUCGGACACCGAACCCAGCCUUGAAAAAGAACCAGUACUGGGUCUGAGACACUUUGACACGUGCGCACAGAGAGAGGUGGAUCCUCUGGUGUUUGCAGUGCUCCUGCCAUCAUUCCUCUCAGUAUUUAGGACCUCUUGCCACCCUCGUUCAAAUGAAAAUUAUUUUCUUUCUUUUCCUCUUGUUCUGACACCAUUAGCUAUUUACUUAUCUCAACGUUACUGUGGACAAAUUCUCAGGCAAUGAAACACUGAAUACUUAUUGGCAGAAAGAGGCAGUUUCUUAACUUUGGAGGCUUAUGCCGUGUCUAUUUAUUUUAGUUUUUUCUUUCCUCUUUGUCAAUGGGCAAAAAUGAAGACAUAAACAUACCACAUGUUUGCAAAAUUAUUUUUGAUGUGCUCUGUCAUUGUACUCCAUAUAUCAUAGGCCAAUUAUAUUCAUUCGAGUGGAUAGGUAAUUUAAAGUCUUUGUUACAGUGCAUCAGAAAAGUUGAUAAGCCUUGUACAUAGAUGAAGGGGUAAGUGUUGGCUAUAUUAUCCUAAACAUGGUUCUUUGUGUUACUUUUUAUAAGUUUUUUUCUAGGUAUCUUUAUAAUAUGUUCCUCAGGGCUAAAUUCAGUUUAAUAGAAAAGUACAACAUUUUGGAAAAAUUACCUGCCUCUGAAAGUCUGAGAAGAACAUUGAUACUACUUCUGUAUCUGACUGUGUUAUGAAGCUACAAGGAGACGUUAGCAUAGGUUAGCUAGACAUUUUGAAGCAGGGGAAAUUGCUUGACUGGUUUCAUCUUUUAGUUAAAAAUAUAAAGCUCACUGUAAGAAAUUGAAUCACUCUUUUGGGUGCUUUUGACCUCUGUGGGGCUUAUGUGGAAGACUUUUUUUGGCAAAGUACAGCACAGUAGCUUCCUUGAACUAGCUAACUUAAACAAGCUAGCUGUUUCCCCUGUCUCCAUGCCGUACUAAGCUAACAGUACGGUGACCCCGAGGGUCAACUGCACAAACAUUUUAUGACUGCAAAAAAAAAAAAGAUUCCCAAAAAAACAAAAACACUUGAGCUCAAGCGCCUCUUCCAUCCAUAGAAACACAGUCUAAGAGGUUUAUUCAGCUCAUUUAGAUUUUCCAAAUACAAAUACAUUAAAUGAAAAUGUUUGGGGUAAAGGCAAAGUUUCUUGCUGUGAGAUAAAUGUGCAUUGGACUUAUUCCAGGAUGAGACCACAAGGCUGCUCUGAAUGGCUUGUACAAAACAUCUCAUGAGAAUAAUUUAAGAGGGACACAAAAUUUGCUCAAAUCGUGUCACAGAUUGGUAAAUUUCAAGCAUAAUAAUUGUAACACCUACCAAACAGAAACACCCUGCUCUGUUCUUUGUUUCAGAUGAUUAUUCUUGUCCCUUUCCAGACUUUCAGUCAGAUUUGGGAUCCAAAAUAAAUGGUGGCAUUUCAUUAGUUGUCAUUUUAAGUAGAGAAAGGAAGAUUUUUACUAUGGCAGCAGUGGAGGAGGCCACCGGAGUGUUGGGUUCCAGAG